GUUAAGGGAACCAGCGGGGGUCCUUCUGCUACAGUACAUGGGUGGAGUAAAGCUGGACAUAUGCAACGGGGUUUUCCUCCCAAAUUAGCCGAGGGGUGAACACUGGGCAUUAUGUCUUGAGUAAACGACUAAUACAAGUUAUUUUAGCGGUUGUACACCUUGAAACCAACACGCUGAGAUGGGCGAUGUGACAGAAGAGUCGUUGUUGGAUUAUUUUUACUCAACCGGCGGCGAUUCAGGCAAAGUCAAAAAUGCUGAUCUAUUGAAGACAUAUAAGCCUUAUAUCGGUCAUACUGAUUUACAAUUACGUGCUAAAUACAGGGAGGAAUUCAAGCUCAUCAUGGACAGAAUAGCUGUUAUGAAAUCAGAGAAUGGCGAGAACAUCCUGGUGCUCCGGAGGAGGUACAGACAGAUGCUGGUGGAGCGGGGCGCCCCGCCCAGGACGCCGGCCACGGCCCGAUGGGAGGCCCCGGCGCAGGACGCCGACUCGCCGGUUCCUGCCAAGAGGCCCCUGCAGGAGAUCUCCGCAGAGCAGCGCCCCCUGGAGGGUGAGGACAGGGGGUCCGGUCGGGGCCCGUCCUCCUGGGGUCCGGAGCCCGGGGGGCCGAGUGAGUGUGCGGACCUGCCGUCGUCACGGGAGUACGACUCGGAGCAGGACGCAGAGAGCCUGGGCCCGACCUCCAUCGCUCUCGACCCCAUAGAGAAGGACUGGAUCUACUCGGCCGCGAGUGCACGUGUGCCCGAUCUGUCUCAACUGCUGCAGCAGGACCCCUCUUUGGCCAACAAGAAGGACUUCACCUCUUUUACGGCUUUGCACUGGGCAGCAAAGCAUGGGAAAGAGGACAUGGCCACACUGGUGGUUAAGGCUGGCGCUGACGUCAACACCAAAUCGGGAUACACACCUCUACACAUAGCGGCGCUGCACGGCCACCAGCACAUGGUUGAGCUGCUCGUCCAGACAUACGGGGCGAAGAAGAACCUCAGGGACUACAGCGGCCACCUUGCCAGCCAGUACCUGACGGACCGGGAUCCUGAUGAGCCAGGAGAGGAGAGCGAAACACAGCUCCAAGCGGCCCAGGCCAGGGAGCGGGGCCGCAACAGGAAGCUGCCGUCUCUCUUCCUGUCCAAGAAGAAGUGGGGCUCUGCGGAGGAGCUGGCGCCCAUAGAGGAGGAACGGUCCACCCCCCCACAGCCGCUGCUGCCCGCCUACAGGCCCAGGAAGUUCUCCCGAUGAACACACCAGAGAGUGUAGUAAAGAGAGCUCCUCCAAACACCCGUCUCAGCUCACAUACAUGACGCAUGGUUAAUUACCUCAUGAUCUAUGGCUCUCUCUCCCUCCCUUGCUCUCGCUCUCUCCUUCUCGCUCCCUCUCUCUUGCUGUCUCUCUCUUUCACUCUCUCCUUCUCGCUCCCUCUCUCUUGCUCCCUCUCUCUUUCACUCUCUCCUUCUCGCUCCCGCUCUCUUGCUGUCUCUCUUUCACUCUCCUUCUCGUGCCCUUUCUCUUGCUGACUUUCUCUCUCUCUUUCUCGCUCCCUCUCUCUUGCUGUCUCUCUCUUUCACUCUCUCCUUCUCGCUCCCUCUCUCUUGCUGUCUCUCUUUCGCUCUCUCCUUCUCGUGCCCUUUCUCUUGCUGACUUUCUCUCUCUCUCUCUCUCUCUCCUUCUCGCUCCCUCUCUCUUGCUCUCGCUCUUGCUCUCUCCCUCUCCCUCCCUCCCUCCAAAUCCCUAUAUCUUGCUUUAUCUCUCGCUCUUUAACUCACACAAAAACACCUUGUCUAAGUGUGUUACAUCAUAGGAGUUAAUAUCAACGAGGGACUAAUGAAGUGCUUUGCUUAGAUUGCAUUUAUGCCAAAUGAGAGGUUUAAUUGAUUGAUUUAAAAUGCAAAGAUAAAUAUAAAUGAAUAGGUUUCACACACACACACACACACACACACACACACACACACACACACACACACACACACACACACACACACACACACACACACACACACACACACACACACACACA